UAGUACAUUUGUCAAUUAAAUUAUGAUAAAAAUUGGAAAUUUAAUAUAUUUAUGGAUUAUAACUUAUUCUCUAAUGCUGUUUUGUUAUUAUGUGAAUAGUACAAUUUAUUCGUAUCCUUUACAUCUAUUUGGGAGAAUUGGUUUAACAGGUGCAUCAAAACACUCACUUCAUAAUUCGUGGAAUUCAAAAUAUGCUGAAAAUCAUGAUAGCUAUCCAAAACGAAAUUACUUACAUAACGACUUAUUAUUUAAUGAUCAUGGUUCAUCCUCAUCCUCUUCGUCAUCUGAGUCAUCAUCCACAUCAUCAUCAUCACCAGCAGCAGCAGCAGCGCUAGCAUCAGCCUCGGCGUCACCUACAUCAUCGCUAUCUUCAGCAUUAUUCUUAGAUGAUCAUGUGUUUGAUUUACACAAUACUCAUUUAUCACAUGGGGAUAGAUUAGAUCCAACAAGUUAUUAUGCAGACUGGCAUCGUUUAUUAAAUGGUUAUGGUAGUCAAAGAUGUCAUAAAAUUCCGAAAAAUAUGACAUUAUGUCAAAAUAUUGGUUAUGAUGGUAUGAUAUUGCCAAAUUAUUUACAACAUGAAGAUCUUAAAGAAGCUGUUGAACAAUCACAAGUAUGGACAAGUUUAGCUCAAACGGAAUGUCAUUCUGAUUUGAGAAAAUUUUUAUGUGCUUUAUAUGCACCAGUUUGUGUUGAUGGACAUCAAGAACAUCUGAUACAUCCAUGUCAAAAUCUAUGUGAAGAUGUACGACGAAGCUGUUUACCAAAAAUGUUACAAUUUGGAUUUGGAUGGCCAGAUAUUGUUAAAUGUUCUAGAUUUCCAACAAGUGCAACUAGAAUGUGUGUACCUUUGACUCAACAAAGAAGACUUCGUUGUUCUGGUUGUGUAGAAGAACCAACAUUUGAAAGUGCAAUUAGUAGUUUUUGUAUGGCUGAUGUUGUGAUACGUGCACAAAUUGUGUAUAUUAAUAAAGAAACUACAAGCAAUAAUAGAUCUAUUCUAUUGUAUUUAGAUAGACAAGCUAGAACACUUAAACUUCCAAAAGAAUAUAUUAAUUUUGGUCGUUUAAAAAUCACUGUAGACUGUGAAUGUAAUCUUUUGAAUGAAUUAGCGGAUUCGAUGCAUAACAAACCAACCAAAUGGUUGAUUAUGGGUAAAAUAUCAUCAAAUCGAGCAGUGCUACAUGUUGAGUAUUUAUCCCGUAUCAAUCGUUCCAACCUUGGGCUUAAACGUGCUCUUAAAGCAAUGAGACGUCCGCCUUCCCAAUUAUGCAAACUACCGAUUUCAGACAGAAUGACAUCAACUAAUCCAAAUAAUAAGCAGUUAAAUACACUGUAUCACACCAAAUCACCACCAACUAAGCGAUCUAAUACGAUGACCAUACAAAAACAUGCAAAUCAUCCAAAUAGUUAUGUAUAUUCACCUUCGUUUUCGUCGUUAAAUAGCUCGAAUAUUGAUCGAACAAACCGUAAAAUCCCAUCUUCUAUGUCAUCUUAUCAAAAUUCACGCAAGAAACAUGCAACACGUCGUCUUUUAGUACGUCGUAGUCAAGGUACAUUGAAUAGACAAACAGAAAGUAAAUACUUAAAAAAGGUUAACAGGAGAAUCAAAGACCUGUACCCAGUUAGAUCACCUUUGAAUGAAGAAUACUCAACGAACUCAUUGCACUUUCAACCAUAUACACAAUCAUCCAAACCAAGUGAAAAGCUACCGAUUGAAAGUGAAAAGGAUUUAUUCGCACCUCAAACAUUAUCACCAUGGUUAAAAUAAUUUUGCUUCCAUACUUUAUACUUAUAUACGCACAUAAUGUCGUAUACAUUAGUAAAUAUGAUCAUAAUUGUAUUGUUUGUUCUGUUACAUUCUAUACAAAAAUAAAUGACAUUUUAACCACUAUAUAAUUAGCGCAUACAUGAAAUCAUGCUAAAAAAAUCACUACA